GAGUGAACCAGUCGCCAGUCAGUUUAUAUUACUGUGUUAAUAUUUACGUUAAAUUUGUUAAGUUCUGUUACACCUAUUAAAUAUUUGCGAUAUAUUAAUCGUGUGAAUAAGUGUGUGUUUCCAAAUUCUAAUGUUAGGGUGACAUGUUGUAAAUAUAUCCUAUUAAACUUAAUGUGAUUGUGAUAAGGUAUCAUUUGAGAAAAUAUAGUACAGUUGUUUACGAUGGAUGCAAACUCUAAAUAUUACGAGGGCUGCGGCCAAGAGGGACCUAUUCGUUGUAUAUUUCUGUGUGAAUUCCAUCCUACAGCUGGUCCAAAAAUAACCUGUCAAGUGCCAGAAAAUUAUAUAUCCAAAGACAUAUUCGAUACUGUUAGUCACUACAUUAUACCGAAAGUUCAACUUCAGAGAUGCACUUUGACUGUCACACUACUUGGGUCCAAAAUCCUUGGUUUUCCAGUAAAAAUUGAUAAUAAGAAGUAUGCUCGCAAUGCAUUUUACUUCAACCUAUGCUUUGUGUGUGAUGCAUGGGCCCGGACGGUACAUCUGGAGCCACUGGUGAAGAAACUCACUGAAUAUCUUCUGUCAAUGGAACUGGAGACGGAGUGGCUGUCCAAGCAGUCCACAUCCGGCGACGCGAAGCAGCUUACUACCCUCAUGAAGCAGGUCAUGCAAGACAUCAACAGCAGACGGAUGUGCACUCUUACAGUGGGCACUACGACCACUCACCUAACCGUGGUGCGGGUUAACACGGACCCCACUCCGGUGAAGGACCACCAGGUGCCGGUGUUCCUGUACAGCAGGCAGUCGUUUGUAGCCGACCAAUGGGAUCUCACCACCAAUCAAAUACUGCCAUACAUCGACGGUUUCAACCACGUGUCCAAGAUAGCAUCGUUGACAGACGUGGAAAUCAGUCUGGUGCGUGCAUGCGUGCAGAACCUCGUCUACUAUGGAGUUGUGACGCUGGUGCCCAUCUUCCAAUAUUGUGCUGUAUACAGUGCGACACCCAAGUUAAGGCAGUUGACGAGAUGUGCUGGUUUGCAGCGGCAAUGCGUGGAGUUCUGCGCUAGAUCCUCUCGCCAGCAGCCGAAGGUCAAUGAUUUGUUCCGUAUGUACGCGGGCAUGACGUACGGCAGCACCGUCCGGGACCUCUGCAGGCGGAUGAAGCCUCAGGACCUGGCCAUCAAUGAGAGGAAACUGGUGCUAUUCGGUGUAUUAGAGGGUUUAAUAAGGAGAGUUUACAAGUACCCAAUAACAGUGCACAAUGAUGACACUGCCUCAGUGAGCAGUGACCAUAGUCAGGCUCUCGUAAGGACCUACAAUGGACUGGUGUGUUUAGACGAGCUGUGUUGCCAAGGCGGCCUCUCCACGGUCCAACUGGAGGAGCAGUUGGAAAGAGACAGCAAUGUCGUGUUCAUCGUCAAGUGAUAGUGUAACAAUGGUAAUUAUAAACAGAUUUAUUUGUGUAUAGUUAUAAAAAAAUUGUAUGUGUAUUCACAAGAAAGUAUAAUCCUAAAAGCUAUUCGGUGUUUUGUCUCUUUCAAAUUUGACUAGGUAGAAAGAGACAGAAUACUUUUAUAAAGGUAAUAAGUUUGUGAAUUUAUUUUUCUAGAUAUAUUUCAUCUAGUGAAAAUAUGUGAGAUAUUAAAUAUUGACAGCGCAAGAUAAAAAUGUACAU